CAGAACUUGAAAAGGUACCAGAGCGUGCGUGAGAUGAAUAUAUGAUAAACUGUAUAGUUGUCAAUGCAAAUCUUAAUUGUAUCUCCCCAAUAAAUGAACAUUAGAAUUAGGUGUUUGUCUAUGGCUAAGCGCUAAGCAAGCAACCUUCUUUCUGUCGUCCCACAUGCAGGCGACGUUGAGCGGCUGUUCUCGGACAUGGGUGGCACUCAAUCAGUGAAGCGCUGCAAUCUUUUAGUUGCAACCUUUGAAACAAUCGCAAAAAUCCGUGCAAACCUUCGCUUUCACAGCCAUCAGAAGACACUCGCUAGUGGGAAGUCUGUUCGUCGCCAUCACGUACACAUGCAUACCCGAGACGAGCCUGGUGUCAACCUCAAUACGGCACAUCACCUCGAAAACACAUUUGCAUUCGAGCCACCGCUUACAAUCCAAAGUAACAUCGAUGACCUGCUUGCUGGCCCAGAAGUCAUUUCAGUUGACGAGAUUGACGCAGAAUUUGAUGCACUCGAGGUAUCGGUUUCGAAACGGGAGGACUGGAUGUGAAUGGGCGGUAGGAAAUACGCGUUUAAUGACAAGGAGAAAGUCACGCAAAAAAUGACAUGUUGGUUAUCUUAUCUUGUCUGUUGGACUUCGGUCUGAAGCAUGCCAGUCAUUUCUCACCAGCAUUAUUGG